CCAAGAUGGCUGCCUUUUGGCGUCUCCAGCGCUGUUGAAUGGAGAAAGCUUUAUUGUUCCCUUCGGGCAGGAGUGUUCGUGUCCUCGAUGGCGCUGUCAAUAAAGAACGGCAGUUUGAAUCGGUGCUGAGCAGGACUAGGUGGAGUCUGAAGGGCUAGAGGAAGAAGUCAAGGGCAGAGCCACAGCAUGGAACUCCCCAACUACAGCCAGCAGCUGCUUCUGCAGCUCUACGCCCUGUGCAAGGAGCAGCGGUUCUGUGAUUGCACCAUUUCCGUCGGCAACAUCUACUUCAGGGCCCACAAGCCAGUCCUGGCAGCAGCCAGCCUCCUGUUCAAAACCCUGCUGGACAGCACAGACGCCAUCUCCAUCGAUGCAUCGGUGGUGAGCCCUGAAGAGUUUGCCCUCUUGCUAGAAAUGGCAUACACCGGCAAGCUACCUGUGGGCAAGCACAACUUCUCCAAGAUCAUCUCCUUAGCAGAUAGCCUGCAGAUGUUUGACGUGGCCGUCAGUUGUAAAAACCUUCUGACCAACCUGGUAAACUGCUCUGUCCAGGGGCAGGUGGUAAGGGAUGUCUCAGUGCUGUCCUCAGAGGCAGGGAGCAAGGAGUCAGAGAAGCCACAAGUAGAAGCCCUCUCCUCUGAAGGUGCUGGGGAGCCCUCUUCUUCUCCGGAAGUUUCUGCCGUGCCAGCGGGCCCUGAGAAAGCCAAGACCCAGGACGUAAUCAACAUAGCUACCCAAGAGAUAAAUGCAGACCCUCCCGUUGCCCAAGAGGUUCAGGUGGCUGCAGAGAUCACAGGGGAGACUCCUCACACAGCUGAGGUUUGUUCCCCUUCCCCUGUUGGACAAAUCCCAAGUGAGACGAAGGAAGCCAAUACAGAAGCAGAGUGUGAGACAAAGCAGGACCAACUGACUCUCCUGCUAGAGCAUGAAAGCGUCUUCUCAGAUGCAGCCUUGCUCACCCCAGACACCCUGAGAAGACUGGCAGGAUGCUCAGAGAUCGAAGGGCCUCAGAAGGAGACCAUAAUGGAAUGUCUCACGAGCGAAGGAGGCAGUUCAGCGUUCCAGAGAAUUCUGGACAAAGUGCACAAGGGGAGCCUGGAUGUGCAGGUGGCUCUGUCUCUGGUGAGACUAUACCAGGAGUCUACACCUGCAGAGAAAGUGUCUCAGAUUCAGCCAGAAGGGAGCUCAGGAGAGGGAAAGACCUUGUCUGUUCUGUUACUGGAACACAAAGAGGACCUGAUCCAGUGUGUAACACAGCUCAGACCUAUUGUGGAGUUCCUGGAAACAGCCAAGGAGGAAUUCCUGCCAGAUUCCGAAAAAAGGGUGAUUCAGAGCUGCUGUGAGGGCAGAACACCCAAGGAGACGAUAGAGAAUUUGUUGCACAGAGUGACUGAAGAGAAGACCCUGCCUGCCAAAAGUCUGGUAAAACUCCUCCAGGCUGUGAGGACAGCGUUCCCAAACCUGGACCACCUGCUGGACAAUUUGCAGAAAGGAGCAGGAUCAGCCGGCGCCACAGGCCUGGCCAGAGUCUCCUGUGAGACGGAAUGGACAGAGGAGCCCCGGCCGGUGUGCAUUCCAGCAGACCGAGUGGAUGGAUCCUCCCCUAACCCUGAUGCUUACGGAGCUGAGCUGUUGAGAAAGUACCAUGAGAACCUGUCUGAGAUUCUCAUAGACAACCAGGUGCUGCUGAAGGUGAUCUCACGGAUGAAAAGCUUAGCCCCUGGAGACAGAGAGGUCAUGCAGACCCUCGUGAAACAGGACUCUGGCUCAGGUGGCUUCAGUUCCCUGAUGUUAGCAGCUCUGGAAAGGCAGACUCUCUCAGCAACGGCCAUUUGGCAACUACUGCUAGCAGUUCAAGAGCCUGAGACCUGCCCACUGAACCUGCUCUUGGAGGAAGUAGGAAAGGAGGCUGGCGCUGGGGCUUUCUUCCGGGUAGUGACUGCCCCAGAGAGCACAGUAUUGGAAGCCAUCCUGAGGCACAGCAAACUGCUCCGGGAAGCCAUCCAGCAGACAGCGGGGUGUGAGCGCCUUUCUUCAGAGGAAGAACACCUGGCAGAGAUCGUGCAAGAGAUGCUGAGCAUAUCCUCCGAGACAGUGAGCCCUGAAGCCUCCCUGAGAGCGGUGCUGAGCAAAGCCAUGGAGAAAUCUGUCUCGGCCUCUGUGGUCUGUCACCUCCUCUGCAGUAUCCACAAGUCUUUCCCUGGCCUGCAGCCCCUCAUGCAGGAGUUGGCACAUGUUGGUUUCCUUACCAAGGAAAGCGGAGAGGAGAGGUGGAAGGUGACUGAUGGUCUUCACCCUGGAGCCAAGGACAAAGCGGAGGAAGCAGCCAAGGCAACCAGAGAAGACUGCCAGGCCAAUGAACAAAAGGAGCAGGGAGAGCCUGGACCCGUGCCAGAGCAACAGGAGAAAGACACUUCUGCCUCCCCAGACUCUGCCAAGAAGAGCUUCGUCUGCAAAGCCUGUGACAAGAGCUUCCAUUUCUACUGCCGUCUGAAGGUGCACAUGAAGCGCUGCCGGGUGGCCAAGAGCAGGCAGGUGCAGAGCGAGGAGGGCAGCGAGACCAAGGGCUCGGAGAAGGGGCUGGAGAAGCAGCAGCCGGACGCCCGAGGCACAGGUGGGGAGCCCGAUGCCCCCAAGAAGAAGAAGAAGCGGCUGCCAGUGACAUGUGACCUCUGCGGAAGAGAGUUUGCCCACGCCUCAGGCAUGCAGUACCACAAGCUGACCGAGCACUUCGACGAGAAACCUUUCUCCUGUGAGGAAUGCGGGGCGAAGUUUGCAGCCAACUCUACCCUCAAGAACCACCUGCGCCUGCACACCGGGGACCGCCCGUUCAUGUGCAAGCAUUGCCUCAUGACCUUCACGCAGGCCUCCGCCCUGGCUUACCACACCAAGAAGAAGCACUCAGAAGGGAAAAUGUACGCGUGCCAGUACUGUGACGCCGUGUUCGCCCAGUCGAUCGAGCUAUCCCGGCAUGUGAGGACCCACACCGGGGACAAGCCGUAUGUUUGUAGGGACUGUGGAAAGGGCUUCCGGCAAGCCAACGGCCUCUCCAUCCACCUGCACACCUUCCACACAGACAUAGAAGAUCCUUAUGACUGCAAGAAAUGCAGGAUGAGCUUCUCCACACUGCAGGACCACCGGAAGCACAUCCACGAGGUGCACGCCAAGGAGUACCACCCCUGCCCCACAUGCGGGAAGAUCUUCAGUGCCCCUUCCAUGCUGGAGCGGCACAUGGUGACCCAUGUGGGAGGGAAGCCCUUCAGCUGUGGGAUCUGUAACAAGGCCUACCAGCAAUUGUCUGGAUUGUGGUACCACAAUCGGACGCACCACCCAGAUGUGUUCGCUGCUCAGAACCAUCGGUCACCCAAGUUCUCAUCACUGCAGUGCAGCUCCUGUGACAAGACCUUUUCCAAUACUGUCGAACACAAGAAGCACAUCAAAACAGAACACACAGAUGUGAAGUUCCAUGAGUGUGACCAGUGCAAGGAGCUCUUCCCCACACCCGCUCUGCUCCAGGUUCACGUCAAGUGCCAGCAUUCAGGGUCGCAGCCAUUCCGGUGCUUGUACUGUGCAGCCACCUUCCGCUUCCCGGGAGCCCUGCAGCACCACGUCACCACAGAGCACUUCAAGCAGUCGGAAAGCACCUUCCCCUGCGAGCUCUGUGGCGAGCUCUUCACCUCCCAGGCCCAGCUUGAUAGCCACUUGGAGUCUGAGCACCCAAAGGUGGCAGGCACUGAGUCCCAGGCAGCUGCCUCUCGCAUGGUGCAGGUGAUCCGAGCUCCGGAGCCAGCGGCCCCGGCCGAGCAGGUGAUCACGUUGGAGGAGACGCAGCUCGCUGGCUCGCAGGUGUUUGUGACCUUGCCAGAUUCACAGACCUCUCAGAACAGCUCCGAGCUUGUGGCAGUGACGGUGGAGGAUUUGCUGGAUGGUACUGUCACAUUGAUCUGUGGUGAGGCCAAGUGAGUGGCUUCCUUCAGUAGAGGAGCCCGUGCUGUACCAGCAAGGAUGCUCUCCCCCUGCCUCUGCUCUAGCUGCUCUGCUGAGCUCCACCCUGGUGCUCUCACUUGAAAAACAAAGGCUUUGUCGUUCUCAUAGGAUCCACAGUGUCUGAGCUAUCCACGCUGACACCAAUACUACCGCCCUGUGUGGUGGAGCCUCAAUCCUCCAGGCUUCAGCUCAGGCCUGGACUCCACCCACCCCAGGGAAGUCUGGCUUCUGGAAUCAGAGUCUGGGGGAAUCAGAGUGGAGGGGAGUUGGUAGCCAGGAUGGCCAAGGAGAUGCAGCAUGCUGGCUGCCCUCAGGAGCAGGGAGUUACCCGAGUCUGAGCCAGCAGAGGGCCACAGACACCGCCAGUGCCUCUGCCAGGGAACCACCCACAUAGCCUCCAGGGACUCCUGCGUGGCAGCUUGUCCUCCCCGGCCCCUGCUCAGGUUCCUCUUGGAGGCUGUAAGACAGGUGGCCAUGUUAACAGUGCAGGGUCGCAUUGGCAUCCCUGAUCCUCCCUGCUCUGUCUUUCCCAAAACACAGCUUCAGAGCAUUGCCACUGGGGGGCAGCUUCAUGUGAGACCAUCCUGCUGCCUCUGCCUUGCUGGGUGUUCAUUGCAUUCCCAUAUCAGAACCUCCCUGUGAGGCUCUGGCCUGCCACACCUUCUGCUAAUCAAGGCUGAAGCAUCCCAGCCUGGAGACCUCUUGCUGACUUCCUCUGUACCAUGUGAUAGCCUAAUGAAGCAGCUCCUGGGGGCAGGCAGGCCUGUGCCUGCACGUGACGGAUUAGAGGCAUCUGAGGUGGCCUCUGCUUCUCCUGUGGCCGGCCCACAUGCCUAGUGCAUGGCCUGCUCCCUGGGAUCCCCCUGGCUGCAUGCUUGCUGCAGUGCCAUGCUCCUUUCAAGUCUGAGUGUCACAGAGCCUUUUAUCUUCAGUUCCUGACACACAGUCUGGUAAUUGAUGGCUUGUGGAAUCCGGUUGGAAGUGCAAUUAGAUGGAUGUUGGUUCCUGCUGCUCAGAGAGAAGGGCUCGCAUCUAGCUUGCUUUUCUAGAAGCCCAAAGAGAGGAGUGGGUCAUCACAGUAUUUGCCCAUCAGGCCGGGCUCCCUGUCACCUGGUGUGGCUGAUUCCCUACAGAGGGAAUGCCCUGAUUUGACACUCACCUUUAAGCCACCUGCUCUCAGAGAUAAGCCCACACCUUCCUGCCAAGUGCAGCUUGCAGAAGCAUGUGCAGAGAGGAGGGUCUCGUCUGAUCAUGGCGGAGAUGCAUCGCCACCAUGCCUCGGCGGGCUCACAGGGAGACAGGCGGUGGCAGCUUAAACGGCAGCCGAGUUCAAGGCCUGCUGCCCUUUGGCCUCAGCUUGGCAUAAGGCAGCACUGGUGAGUUUCUAUUCCAGUGAUGGCCAGCCUCUCCCAGUCAGCCCCACCCUCCUCAUUGCAUAUGCAAAUCGUUUGAACUCAUCAGCUAGGGAAUCUCCCCUUUCUAAACGUAAAUGUUUUUCAAAGCAAGUCAGCCUCAGAAACCAAGCACUGACCAGAAGAUGGUGCUCGAGCACCGAGGCUUCACCUCCCUGGUUUCUCCGCUGCGGCCCUAGCCUGCUGGCUUUCAGCCCCGCGCCUGCCAGCCGACCAGGGGAGCUCCCGAUCUGUAAGUGGAGUGAUGGUUCCUCAGUCCAUCGUCCAGGCUUCUGUCAGGAACAGCACCUCACAAGCUGUGGAGGACUUAGGAACUGUAGUGUCACCAACAAAGUCUUUUUCCCAGCAAAAGGCAAACCUCGCAGAGGUCCUGAGAGAGAAAGUCAGUCUCUAAAUACAAAGAGCUGUAAGGUAGAAACCCGAGUGUCUGAGAAACACAGUCUCGUUUUCCUGGAACCUGGGUGGUGUGCUACCUACCUUCAGUCACCAGACCGUAGUUGGCUGCAGAAAGCCUUAGGGCAGGUUGGCUGGCUGCCCAUCCUUGGAUGCACAGCUCUGUAAUACACACUGCUGGAGGCACAGCAGUGCUGGGUCUAGAGUAUGGAGAAUUCCUGUCCUCAAUGAGCUCUGUGCUGGUGACUAGUGGCCUCUGCCCCAGCUGCCUGUCUUUUUACAGUGGCUCUGAAGAAGGUGAAAAAUCUCCAUCUGCUGCCCUAGAGACCUGCCAUGUGGGCCUCCGUGGUCCACAUUGCUUUUGCAAUGGAACUGUGGCUCCAUUUGCUUCAGCCUCAUGAAUACUGCCUGCCUAGCCCGCGGGCAGGAGCUAGAGGAGCCUCCAGGUACCUUGGAAUUUGUGUAUUUAAGCAAUGGGGCCCCAGUCUUCCCUAAGGCUCCUGAGCCAGCCACCAAAGAGGGGAAGGCAAUGCCAAGCUGGAGUCUGGUUGGCCCGUCACUGGUGUAUGGACUGAGCAGGUGAGACUUGCUGUCCACAUGCAUGAGCAGAGCCUAGGCCAGCCUGUGAGAUAAAGGUCUUUCUCAGCUGUUUUAUCAGGAUGGACUCUACUGUCUUCUAAGCUGUGUGACAGAAAAGCUUUGAGUUCCGUCAGUAUCCAAGCCUGCUGUGAUGUAAGUUCUGGGCCUGUGUGUUGUACUGGCCAUUCUACAGAAGCCUCCAGCCCAUGCUGACCACAGGAGAUACCUCAGCCUUGUCCCUAGGGCCUGAGCACUGAUGGUUAGGACUGAGAUGAGAGGGAAAGAUCUCUGUAGUCCUGAGGAUGGAAGGGUGUGCCUUUAAAUUUCUUGUGCCUGAAAACCUGUACUGACAAAGGAUGGAGACCCUGACGGCCCCACUUAGAGUGGGCAAGUGCUUGCCAGGAACAGAAGUGUUUCUUCUGGAACUAGAAAGUUGGUCAGUGGUGGAGAUGACAUUGGUUUGUUCUAGUCAGCUCUCCCACCCCAGCUUUGUUCUUCUGGGUCCCGUCUGUCCCAGCAGACACUUGGAAGAAAUUGAGAGUAAGAGACUUAGGGCUGAGGGAGUCAAAGGAGGUUCAUAGUUUUGUUGCUGUGGAAACCUUGGGUCACCGAGGACUUAUACUAAAACUCAGAAACUCAAACUUACUCCAGUCUAACUGGGCCUAUAAAGAAGAGGAGAGUGGUGAGUUCUUUGGGGACUGUGUUGUUGAGGAAAUCGUUCCUUGAGCAAUUUUACAUCGCCUCCAAAUUGUGAAGCUGGCCGCGGUUUCCCGCCGCUGCUCGUUUCCACCCAGGGCCAGGACAGCCAGCCCCGUGAGAUGUGAAAACUGAUUGCAAACUAGAGCUGCUCGAGAUGCACUGUGGAGAGAAAUAAAGUCUGUACUUAGGAAGCAA